AUGAUGAACGAGAUGGAUCAAGAGCCGACGUCGCGCUUGCGUCGACGAAGCUUUUUUGAAGGAAUGGAAAGUGAAGGAGCACUGUCUGAAACGAUAUCAUUGACUGAAAAUGACGUGGCAAAUGGAACAACCACUUGCGGGGCGUCAGGGGAUGGUGAGAAUUAUGGUGUCACUAAUUCGUUGCUAAAACCAGGGAAUAAAAAUAGUCCAGGCAAAUUAAACGGAGUAAAAUUAUCCAGUGAGGACCCUUUUUACGUACAAAUACGAAUCCGACGGUUUCCAGCUGCAGCGACUAAAAUGGAAAAAUGGGGACAAGAAAUGGGGAAUUUUUGCAAAGGACCUAAAAAUUGGCUCACGAAUUGGAAAGGAGAUGCCCUGACAAGUGUCAAAUAUUGGGUCUAUCCGACUCAAUGGCUCACAUAUGCAUCAAUCAGUCUUGUGCUAUUACAGAUGAUCAUUUACUGGAAUUUUCAGACACUUUUGUUGGAUUUACGUGUCCGUGAAUGUGUUUUUAGAGAGACACUAUUAGCUUCAGUUGAGUUGAUGCAGCCCAAGACAAUUUCAAAUUUUCAUGUGCAGUCUGGAGCAACUGCUUUGAAAUUUUUGGAACGACGGUUUGAGCAGCAAUACAGUCCAGGAGCUCGACGACCUGGUGAAGCAAGACUACCCUGGACAUGUCUAGCAGUAGUACCAAUGGGAAGUGAUACUGCAAUGGCACAAGCAAGAGAAUUGGCGUUCUUAUGGCCUCGUAGUCAGGUGGUAGCUGCUAAUGCUUACUCGAAAAUUACUAGUCGAGUUCAUGUGGCAGUAGGAGCUAGUCCAUUAGAUCGAGGAAUGGAAACGCAGAUUGCAAGUGCUGGGGUAUUUGCUGCGCUCUUCCCAUUAAGUGCCAUGCGUCCGGCGCUAUUUGCUGCAAGAUUUCCAGAUUUGGUGUUGGUAGAGACUGAAUUUGCUUUGCGUCAGAUGGUGAAGUUUCGACAGGAGCGACAAGAAGAGCGAGAUCUGAGAGGAAGAACAGGUGGUGAUGCGCUGAAUACUUUGGGGGGUACGUCACCGAUUGAUCUGGGCGCUUCUGAUCUUGCAGCUAGCCAUUUCGGCGUUUACCUGCUGAAGACCACGGUACCUGACGUAUACAAUCGACACAUUUACAAGAAAUGGGACGAGUUUCUGCAUGUUGUGAUUGUGGACGACACUGACAAGAAAAAGCAGUUUACAGAGGAACUGCUUUUAGCGUGGGCGAUGCACCCGGCAUGGCCCAUGCUUCAUGUACGGUUUUCACGGUCAUUAGCGCUCUGCGGGACAUAUCAGCGCCUUUUGAGCACAAUUAUCAAGGACCAUGAGGUUGACACAGAAGCAGCCAAGGAUCGACUGGAGGGCUUGGAUAAGAAAACGGGAACAAGCUCAUCCAAUCGCAUCCUCAACGUGGACUUGGUGUGCGAGGAAGAAGCUAACGCACCUCCGGAGAUUGUGAAGCUUAAGAAUACGAUCGGUAUACAUCUUUUUCCAGUGCCGCCUGAGCUAGAGAAAUAUGAGACUACAGUUCUUGAAAGUUUGGCGGUUGGCGCUGUUACUGUGACGUACAACACACCGAUAAUGCAGGAGUGGGUACCGGAUAUCUGUGGUCUGCGUGUUGGUACGUUCGACUACAAAAGGCCUGCGGAUGACGAGAUGCAGACAGAGACAGAUGCUGCGGCUCAGGCCAUUCCAGGUGGAGAAAAUGGGUAUGACGGUCGAGAAUUGACGGAUGAUACUUCUUUUGUAAAGCUACCAUCCGUACAUGUGACUCCGAGUGAGAUUGAGCAUGCAAUCGAAGAAGUACUGUCGCUAGACCGAGUUAGCCGCGUAGCGGCAGGACGGUCCGGCCGUGUGCAUUAUCUACGUAUGCGAACGCACUACAUGUCAGCUGUAGCGGCACUGGAUGCUGCCAUUUGCGAAGGAGACAGUGAUGAUAUAGCUGAAACUCAGAGUGAGAUUGGGCAGCAUAAGCGCAGGAAGGUUGAGGUCGAAACGCUGCGAGCAUUCUUGUACUAA